CGAAACACACCCAUAAUGGCGCCGCGCCUCCGCUCUCUUCCGAAGCUCCUCCGCCGCGCUCCGCCGGCCGGAGCCCCGGACCACUCCUCCCUCCUCCUCCUCGCUUCCUCCCGGGAGCGCCACGAGCACGUCCGCAGAAUCCGGGUGCUCCUGCAGCAGGGCCGCACCGAGACGGCUCGGCGGCAGAUCAAGUCCCUCGUCCUCUCCUCCGAGAGGCUCUCCUCUUCGCCUUCGGACGUGUUCGCCCUCUUCUCCCUCUCCUGCCCGCUCCUCAAGGGCAGCUUCUCCGACAUGCUCCUGUCGGUCUAUGCCGAUUCCAAGAUGACCCGCGAAGCUUCCGAGGUGUAUGCGCUGAUGAAAGGGGACGGCGUGUUUCCUAGUCUCGGCUCUUUCAACCUUCUGCUCGAGGCUUUGGUGACGAGCAAGCGGUUCGAUGAGGCGCUUGGUUUCUUCGGGGAGAUACUCGGGUCUGACGUGAGGCCGGACCGGUUUACGUUCGCGAAAGCCGUUCAGGCCGCGGCGAAAUUGGGGGACUUGAGGAGGGGUUUCGAGUUGAUGGAUGAUAUGAAGAGGAGAGGGAUCAACCCGAAUGCAUUUAUCUACAAUCUGAUGAUCAGUGGGCUUUGCAAAGAGAAGAGGGUGAGGGAUGCAGAGAAGUUGUUUGACGAAAUGUCUAAGAAAGAUGUGGCUGCCACUGUGGUCACUUGUAACUCGUUGAUUGAUGGGUAUUGUAAGAUGGGGGAGAUGGACAAGGCGUUUGACCUGAGGGAGAGGAUGGAGAGGGAGAAUGUGCAGCCGAAUCUCAUCACAUUCAAUUCGUUGCUUUAUGGCUUGUGCCGAGCACAGAGGAUGGAGGAGGCAAAGAGAGUGGUGGAUGAGAUGGAAGCUCGUGGCCUCGCGGCCGAUGCUUUCACAUACAGCAUUCUUUUCGAUGGGCAUCUUAGGUCUGGCAAUGUGGAUGCGUCAGUGGAUCUUUGUGAAGAAGUAAUGGGGAAAGGAGUUAAAAUGAAUAUGUACACGUGUUGCAUCUUGAUGAAUGCUUUGUGCAAAGAAGGGAAGGUGGAGAAGGCUGUGGAGAUUUUGGAUAAGUUGAUUGCGGAUGGACGUGAUCCAGACGUGGCUGUAUAUAACACACUUGUGAGCGGAUAUUGUCAGAGAAACGAUCUGGAUGGAGCCAUUUCAAUGAUCGAACAAAUGGAAGUUGCUGGGGUGAAGCCAAAUUCUGUUAGCUUCAAUUGCUUGAUCAGCAAGUUCUGCAACAUGAAGAAGAUGGAGAGGGCGGAGUAUUGGGUCAAGAAGAUGUCGGAGAAAGGAGUUUCAGCAAAUGUGGAGACAUUCAACAUUUUGAUUGAUGGCUAUGGACGCAUGCGCCAUUUCGAUAGGUGCUUUCAGGUUCUAGAACAAAUGGAAAACAACGGUUUAAAACCAAAUGUUGUGAGCUAUGGGUCUCUAAUACAUUGUCUAUGCAGCGAUGGUAAGCUCAUUGAGGCUGAAUGUGUCCUUGGGGAUAUGGUAGCUCGAGGAAUAUUGCCAAAUGCGCAUAUAUUCAAUAUGCUAAUUGACAGCAGCUGUGCAGCUGGAAAGAUGACGACUGCCUUCACUUUCUUUGAAGAGAUGCUGAAAAGCGAAAUUGCUCCAACAGUUGUUACAUAUAAUGCUUUGAUUAAUGGGUUAUGCAAAAAUGGGAAGCCAAUGGAAGCGGAGAACUUGAUUCCCCGGAUGAUGAGUAAUGGCCAUGCUCCUGAUGUUAUCACAUACAACUCUCUAAUCUCAGGAUAUUCUGGUGUAGGGAAUUCCCAAAAGUGUCUCGAGUUAUAUGAGAAAAUGAAAGCUUUGGGUAUCAGGGCCACUUUAAAAACAUACCAUCCGUUAAUUAGUGGAUGCGGCAAAGAAGGAACAGCUGUUGUGGAUAGACUACUUGAGGAAAUGUCGGAGAUGAAUUUGGCUCCCGAUCGACUGGUAUGUAACGAAGUCAUUCGAUGUUAUGUCGAGCAUGGAGACAUUCAGAGGGCAUUUGCUGUGUACCAUGAUAUGGUAGACCGGGGACUUCAGCCUGACAAAAUGACUUUCAAUAACUUGAUUAGGGGGCGGUUCAAAGAAGGAACUUUGUCUUCAGUGAAUGAUCUUGUUAAUUGCAUGAAGGCCAGUAACUUGUCUCCUAAAGCAGAUACUUACCACAUACUGGUAAAGGGAUAUUGUGAUCAAAAAGAUUUUGCUGGGGCAUAUGGUUGGUAUAGAGAAAUGAUGGAGAAUGGUUUCUCGUUGAAUGACUCUGCAUGCCAUGAGCUCAUUGCUGGCCUCAAACAAGAGGGGAGGUUACAAGAAUCCCAGAUAAUUUGCUCGGAAAUGAGCAACAGGAAUGCGGGUAAUGAUGAAAAACUCUCUUUGGUUGCAAAGAUGUAGUCAAUAAAGCAGGUCAGACUAUUUACGUCAACACAGAUUGGCCUCAAGUUUGAAAUGCAUCAAGUUAUCUGCCUCAACAUGUGUCUUUGGAUAAAUCCGCGAAUCAUGGUGGAUCUAAUUCUGUAAAUGUGUAGUUUAUUUUCCUUCUACGUAUUAUAUUUAUAAGGACGGCUGAACUUUCCAGCAUAAACUCACAAGCUUCGUCGAAGUAAAUUGGAUCCCCUAAAGAAUCCUAGAGGAAUUCAAGAGCGACCGAAGGUCGGCUUCAGUUGGUUC